AUGAACGACGACGGCAAAGACGGCGUCGUGCUCAUUCUCAUGCUAGCACUCGCGCAUGAGGGUCCACAAGAGAAGGAUGAGCGACAAAGGGGACAGAACUACCUUACAAGAGCAGAUCUGCAUCCCGAGGCACGCUAUGGCACGACAUGGGAGGCUAUUUAUGGCGCUGGAAACGAUAGAGCUUUUAUUACAACGACUGGAUUCGACGUUAGCUGCUUCCACUGCUUGUUAUCGUGUUUCGAGCCCAGAUUGGUUCUUAAAGAUGGUGCUCCACACCCAUACCAAGAAAUGACGUCGACGCUUCUGGUGAAUCCAGGCCGGAUCGUCGCUCUCUUUCUGCUGCUGCAGCGCUCGGCUUGGCGCUCCACUAUCUCUGUUCUACCAUGCCCCAGUCGGCUUCUUCACGUUCAGCAGGCCGCUAAACUUUUUCUUCAGAGACGUCAGCUCUCGCUCCGCGCGAUCAAACUCAUUCGCGGAGUCCUCGUAAUUGUGCAACACAACCUCCCAUUCGUUUGCUCCAGUUGGGAGAACCGCACCGAUGAUCUCUAA